AAUUCUUCUUUUAUUUCCUUCCCAAGAAAAAAGAAACUCCAAUUCUUUUGAGGUCUCCCCAGAUUCUAUCCGACCCCUCCUGAUAAUUUUUUUUUUUUACUACAUGGGGAAUGCAAUUCCAAACCGGCUUCCAGAAGCCGCCGCAAAAGUUAUUCUACCCGAUGGCACCAUUCAGUACUAUGACAAACCUUUGACGGUUGCAGAGCUGAUGUUGGAGUAUCCUCAACAAGUGGUGAUCGAGUACCACCAGCAGCACAUGAUAAUGAAGAAGCCUGCUCUGUUGCCAGCUGAUAAAAAGCUGGAGAUGAAUAAGGUUUAUCUCAUGCUUCCCAUGAGGAGAGGCAAACCUGCUGCUGCAAUAUUGUCAUCCCAAGAAGCUCGCCUGCUUCUCCUCAAAGCCAACUCUAUUCUGAAAUCCAACUCCUUCAUAUCUUCUACAACUGGGUUUCUUCCGUUGUUUGCCAGGAUCUGCGCAGCAGGCUCCGGAUCAGAGCUGCAUGAUCUUCAGUGUUCACCACCGGAGGGGAAAAAGAAGCCAAUACUAUCAUCAGGUAUGGAUCAUCGUCAUCAUCCUAAUAAUAAUGAUAAUGCUAAUAAUAGUUGCGGCAGGCAAACAGAGGAGGUGGCAAACUGCAAACCAGACUACUUCGGUGAUGUAUUAAUGGAGGAAAGACCAGUGUUUCUGAGCAGGCAAAUGUCAGGAAAAGGAGGAUGGAAGCCCAGUUUAGACACCAUCACGGAGAAGACCGUCCAGACAAAGCUUCGCCAUUGGUUGUUUUAAAUAUUUCGAAAACUUCGUUCCGCGUCUAGCUUUGUCUAGUUAUUAUAGUCGCGUUCGCGCAUGUAUUCAAUUGGGAGCGUGUUCUGGGGCUUUGAAAGCGGGCGAGAGUUUUUAAAAGAUGAUACUAAGUUGCCACAUUCCUAGCUAGCUAGUAUUGUACUAUUUUU